GGGCGGUGCAACGGCCUGGCUCGGCGCUGGGCUGCAGGCUGCGCGUUCCCUGUGUGAAGCUGUCUGCGCUGGUCUCUGGCGCGGCUCCUGGGCCCUCGGUCCUCCAGACGCCUGCACGGCCCCUUGUGACAGCGAGCGGGUCACCCCCGACCCUUCCUCCUGGAGGCCCCUAGAAUCUCCCAGAAGCAGUGGGCAGCCAUGAAGAAUGUGCUGAACCUCUACCUCCUCGGUGUGGUGCUGACAGUCCUCUCCCUCUUCGUGCGGCUGAUGGAAUCCCUGGGGGGCUUACUGGACGGCCCGGCGCCUGGCGAUUCCUGGACCACCAGAGGUCAGCUGGCCAGUGCGGAGCCUCCCAAGGGCCUUCCAGACCACCCAUCCAGGGCCGUGCAGUAAGGCUCCUCCCCGACCACAUGGCCACAUAACCUUGAACUCUGACCUGAACACCCCCAGCCAGGUGUGCUUGGGAAGAUGCAGAGCCAUCGGCUCUGUCAGAGCCUGUUAGUAAGCUCCGAAGAGCCUCGCCAUCCGGCUGCACCCUGACCUGGGAAAAGAGCCUAGAAAUAUUCUAGGUGUGAGUGGGUUGCUCCUGCUUUGCUCUUUCCUUUGGCUCCGCCCUCCCGGGCUCCCUGCGCUCACACCUCCUGGACACGCGGGGGCACUGGUGCUCCAGCCUCAACCCCUGGACGACGCUGAGGUUUUCCUUCCUCCUUUAAGCACUUAUCCAGGUGGCCUUUAGACUUGGGGGGCAUCUUCUGCUCUCCGCUCAGGGAGGGGGAAGAUGAACUGUCCAGUGUUCAGUUCUCCUGGUUUUACAUUUUUCAUGCCUUGCUCCCAACACUAAGUACAUUGUCUGUUGGCCUAGAAGCGGUGAAGUGACGACAGAACCUACUCAGAGUACGGGCAUUAUGGCCACUGUGUGGCUUAUGCAAGAUUUUUUUCUAAUGAAAUAAAAGUUGAAUGGCUAUU